CGUUUCUGAAGGUUUCGGUCGAGCCAGUGCAGAAGCCAUGUCUUACACCUACAUCUUUGACGACCUCUUUGAGAAUGACACAUCCUCUCCAUACGUUGUUGAUCCAAAGCUGCAACCAUGUCCGCAAGAACCGCUGGUUCAUACAAGAGGUCUGAUCCUGUGUGUCAUCCUCAUAGCCAUCUUUCUACUGGCAGUCCCAGGAAAUGUGCUGGUGGGAUGGGUCAUCAGCACCAGCAAACAGGCUUUGACUCCCUCUGACAUCUACUUGUUUCACCUGACAGUGGCGGAUGGACUGCUGGCUCUUACACUCCCCUUCUUUGCAGUAGCAAUGGUCAAGGGAUGGAUCUUUGGAGACUUCAUGUGUAAAUUCCUCAGCGUCGUCAUGGAAGCAAACUUCUACACAAGCAUUGUCUUUUUGGCCUGUAUUAGCAUCGAUCGUUAUCUUGUGAUUGUGCAUUCCAAAGAGGCUCUCAGGAAUCGCCAUAGGAUGUGCAGCAGGGUCCUUUGUGCAGCAGUGUGGGUCAUUGGUUGGGCCCUGGCUCUGCCUGCACUUUUCAAUGAUGCCAUGGAGCUCAGUCCUGGGUCAGGACUUUUCAUUUGCCAUGAGAAGUUUGACAUUGGCAGCGCCACGGGUUGGAGGCUCGCCACUCGUGUAUUUCGCCACAUUUUUGGCUUUGUGGUGCCUUUAAUUUUCAUGAUGACCUGCUACAGCAUCAUCAUCGUGAGGCUCCUGCACACCCGUGGUUUCCAGAAGCACCGCGCCAUGCGGGUGAUCAUAGCUGUGGUGGUUGCCUUUCUGCUGUGCUGGACACCGUAUCAUAUAACCAUGGUUGUUGACACGUUGCUGAGGGCUGAUCUGAUACUAUUUGACUGCGCUGUGAGGAAAUCAGUGGACGCAGCUCUGCUUGCAACCAACAGCCUGGGUCUGGUCCACAGCUGCAUCAACCCCUUUCUCUACGCUUUUGUGGGACAGAAGUUCAGGAUGAAAAUGUUGCUUCUUUUUCAGAGGAAACUCAGACAGGAGAGAUUGUCGGGGUCAAAGUUCAGCAGGUCAACAUCUCACACUUCAGAAGGCUCUGGAAGCGGAACUGUUCUCUAAAGGGAUGAUGGACUUAUUUUCAGCGAGUGGGAAAGCAUUAUUUCCUGUGUUUUUUUUACUGUGUAUACUCGAUAUAUACCUGUAAAUGGUCUAGUUUUUAAUUGAAGGCCACUGCUGCCAUCUUUUGGUCUCACUCCUACUGUAACCUCAGUUUUCCUGUUUCUGAUUACCUUAAGUCAAUGUUCAUUACUCCUUUUUCACUGAAGUGAACACUGCUGGAGUCUUGCUUUUGCUUUAAGCAGAUUACCUUGUACAUUUGUAUGCCCUAAAGUUUGCCUACAGUUGUAUUUUUAUUGAAAUGCCAAAA